CAAUUAAAUGAAAAACAAAACCGUCGUCUUCGUCUCCAAACUUAUGUGCCAGCAUGAGACAAAACAGUGAAAAACACAAUUACGGGUGGUGGGUACGUGUUUAUUAGUGGUUAACCCCCAUCAUUAGUUCGUUAAUGCAGAUCAAUCAUUGUGGGUGGCAGAGAGGGAGGUGGAGAAAUGGGGACGAUUGAGGAGAAGAUAUUGGUAUCGGUGCGAUUGAGGCCUUUGAAUGACAAGGAGAUUGCCAGGAAUGAUGUUUCUGACUGGGAAUGUGUCAAUGAAAACACCAUCAUUUUCAAAAAUGCAAAUCUUCCCGUGCCAGAGCGCUCCAUGUACCCAACUGCCUAUACGUUUGAUAGGGUAUUUAGGAGUGAUUGCUCCACGAAAAAGGUGUACCAGGAAGGAGCUAAAGAAGUUGCUCUUUCCGUUGUCAGUGGUAUUAACUCUACUAUUUUUGCAUAUGGACAAACAAGCAGUGGAAAGACAUUUACUAUGACGGGAAUCACCGAGCAUACAUUAGCGGAUAUUUAUGAGUAUAUUGGAAAGCACAGGGAAAGAGAAUAUCAUUUGAAGUUCUCUGCUAUGGAAAUCUACAAUGAAUCUGUCAGAGACCUCCUCAGCACAGAUUCAACUCUGCUUAGACUUCUAGAUGAUCCAGAGAGAGGGACAGUUGUUGAGAAACUCACAGAAGAACCUCUCAGGGACUGGAAUCAUGUGAUGGAGCUCCUUUCCAUCUGUGAAGCUCAAAGACAGAUAGGAGAAACUGCCCUGAAUGAAACAAGCUCCAGAUCUCAUCAAAUCAUUAGACUAACAAUCGAAAGUUCUACUCGGGAAUUUUUAAGCAGGGACAACUCAAGUACCCUUGCAGCUUCUGUGAAUUUUGUUGAUCUUGCGGGUAGUGAGCGUGCAUCUCAGUCAUUAUCAGCUGGCACGAGGCUAAAGGAAGGCUGCCACAUAAAUCGCAGUUUACUGACCCUGGGAACUGUUAUCCGCAAGCUAAGCAAGGGAAGAAAUGGACAUAUUCCUUUCAGAGAUUCUAAACUGACCCGCAUUCUGCAAUCCUCCUUAGGAGGCAAUGCUAAAACUGCAAUCAUCUGUACCAUGAGCCCAGCAAGAAGUCAUGUUGAGCAAUCAAGAAAUACGCUUUUGUUUGCAAGUUGUGCUAAAGAAGUGACUACUAACGCUCAAGUUAACGUGUUCGUGUCGGAUAAAGCAUUAGUAAAGCAUUUGCAGAGAGAGUUGGCUAGAUUGGAGAGUGAACUGAGAGGUCCAGAAUCCAGUUUUGUCGUAUCACAUUAUUCUGCAUUAUUGCAAGAGAAAGAACUUCAGAUUGAUAAGAUGGAAAAGGAGAUUAUAGACCUGACUUUGCAACGAGAUGUCGCUCAGUCUCAAUUUCAGGAUUUGCUACGAUUGGUUGGGGAUGAUAGAGAUUCAAUGAGAUGGGUAGGUUUAAAUAACUAUCCCCACUUGCGUGUUCUGAGAUCACCAGAAUGUGAAAACCCAAUAUUGUCGACAUCCACUGUUGCAGAUCCGCGGUCCUUGGAUGCUGCUGUCAGAACCAUUGAUAGCUAUCAGUACUCUUACAGACAUAGUGAGAGUAGCUCUGAUGAUCAUUGUAUACCACUUCCCGACUUUGAAGAGACCUUUAUGCAGAAUGAUACUUCUCCACGGCUUUUGGUCCCAACUUCUAAGUUUAUUAGAAGCAAUUCUGCACAGAGUUGGGAUGAGAUUGAGGAACAAACUAAUGGAACUUCAGAUGAUUUGUGUAAGGAAGUUCGAUGCAUUGAGAUAGAAGAAUCAAGAACAAACCACAACUCAGAAUCAAGUAGAUCAUCUCCUGAAGAUAACACUGAAAUCUCAGAAUUAUUGAUGCAUGGGCAUGAAGACAAAACAGGUCAGGAAUUCGUUUCAAUGCCCGUAAAGGAAGAUAGAGAGGUAAGGUACAUGGCUCCUCUCAUUGUUCCUUCUCCUGAAAAAUCAUCUCCGUGGGCAUUAGCAAAGUAUACGUGCAGCUCUCAGAGCUUAAAGUUAACCAAAAGUAGAAGUUGUAACGCAAGCCUCCUGACUAGCCCAAGUACACCACGGUUUGAUGAAGUAGGAAAUAACGAGAACACACCACCAAAUGGGUUGGAGAAAGAAUUCACUGGAAGACCUGAAAACAUUCAAAGGAAGCUUUCUGAAUUGAGCUAUUGUGACGAUGUUGAAAGGUUAUCGAGAAAAGGUUCACGUUCUUCAGUUGGGAAUGCUGCUGCUACUGAGGUUGAAGCACAGAAGGAUGAGACUUUACCUCAUGAGACUGUUCCUAGCCUCAAUGCAUGUGUCUCAGAAGUGGAGGAAAACGCUAAAGUUCAGCUAGAGAAGCAAGUUACUGAUAGACCAGUGCACGAGGCUGAACUGAAGUCCAAGGAAUCUGAAAAAACUGUAAAAGAUGUUGGCUUGGAUCCAAUAGAAGAUGAUUCAAUGAUUGUUCCAAAUUGGCCAUCUGAAUUUAAAAGACUACAAAGAGAAAUUAUUGGACUUUGGGAUGCUUGCAAUGUGUCAUUGGUGCACAGAACCUAUUUCUUCCUUCUAUUCAAAGGCGACCCAACAGAUUCCAUAUACAUGGAAGUCGAGCUCAGGAGGCUUUCCUUCUUAAAGGACCGAUUUUCUCUUGGAAAUAAGACUAUCGAAGAGGGUCGGACUCUCUCACCUGCUUCAAGCAUGAAGACUCUCCAACGUGAGAGGGAGACGCUGAGCAGGCAAAUGCAAAAGAGGCUGUCAGAGCAAGACAGGGAGAGCCUCUACCUAAAAUGGGGUAUCAAACUCAAUUCAAAGUAUCGGAGGUUGCAAUUGGCCUCCCAAUUGUGGACCGAUACGCAAGACAUGGACCACAUUUCAGAUAGCGCCUUCAUUGUUGCAAAGCUGGUGGGAUUUGAAGAGCCAGGGCAGGCUCCUAAAGAAAUGUUUGGGCUUAAUUUUGCACCCCAGCCACCAAGAAGAAGAUCUUAUAGUUUGAAGCGUAGUGUGAUAUCCCUUCUCUAAGUUUCUCGGGACUUAUCAUGAUUAUUCGCUAGGCGAUACAUAUUGCUAUCUCUUGAAAAGAUGCGCUUUGAUCUUUCACUGAUUUCCCACUUCUUCUUUUUUUGGGUAAUUCCCCACUUGAUUUUUUCCCCCUACAUUCUUGUAGAAAAUUACUGUGGGAAAGCUUGUAAGAAUUUGCUGAGGCUGGAAACCACUACAUGUAAUCUUGCCUCUUUAGUCUUUUCCAUUGUUUUUCA